AUGUCUGGUAAAGCACCAGCAACAAAUGGUAAUAAUGGUAUUGAUGCUCCAUUUUUAUUAAGUAAACAUAAAGUAAUGCAAUAUUUACAAAAUUCAGCAUGUUGUUCAACGAAUACAAAUAACAAUUCAUUAGUUGGUCAUCAGAAAACAUCUCCACAUACACAUGAUUUAUUCUAUGCAAAAGAUACAUCUAUUAACAAUAAUCAUAAUCAACGUCAAAAACGUAUGCAUUCUUGUUUAGAAAAUAGUUCGGGACCAUCUACUCUUGAUACCUUAUCACGAUUUAAUUUCAGCUAUGGUUCUAGUUUGUCCGAUCCCGGUGGACACUGUAGUACGUUUAGUUCGAAUACAUCAUCAUCCGGUAUAUAUAGUACAUUUUCUGAUGUUAGACAUGAAGAAGGUACAUCAACAUCAUCAGAAGACCUUGAUUUUAACCUUGGUUUUGAGCAAAUCAGUGAUAAUGAUGAUUUUGAAGUAGCUAAUCUUGAUGAAAUCGAUGAAUAUGAUGAAUAUGAACUAAAUGAAGGAGAUAAUCAACGAAUCUCAAAUAACAAUAGUGGUAGUACAGCAACAUUACUUGAUUUUGAUGAAUCGAAUUCAAAUGCAUAUAUGAAUAAAUUGGAAGGAUUUCUUCGUAAAUCUCUUAGUUCAACAACUAUUAAUGGUAAUGUUGAAAGUAAUAAUGAUGAUACAAUAACAGAUAACCAAAUAAAACAACAACAGUGUGGAUCAUUAUUAGAUGAGUCAAUCUACACAUUGUGUUCACCAGAUCGUUUUUCAGUAUAUAGUGAAAACGAUGAUUAUGAAAAAGAUACUGCGCCACCUGCUAUUACUACACGUUCCAAUUCAGUGGGCUUUGGUUUAUUAAAUAGAAAACCAGCUUUAUUGGAUAAACCAACAAAAAAAGUUGUUCGUUUCGCCGAUAUGUUGGUAUGUUUUGUGUAUCUUAUAAGCAGAUAA